GUUUGCCCUCAAGCAUUUUACUUACUCUUCUUUAGCACGCAGUUGCUUGUCUUUGCUCUUGUCCCAACUCGUCUUUUCUUAUUUUCUUUUCAAUAUGGUCGAUGCUCCAAAUGUUCGUAUAGUUCCCGGUGCCUCUCCUGCCGUGUCGUUGGCGAAAACUCAGAAGAAAAAACGCCGAUCCAACAAGCCAAAAACUGCAGACUCGCCUGCUGAGGGCUCCGUCAUUCUUCCCGAGGCUACUUCUGCUACUCUUGUUGACAGAGCACCAGAAGAAGCGGAUGUGAAGGAGGGCACUGUCGCUCCAGAAGUUGUUGCGCCGUCGGAGGCACCAACUUUUGACGAUUUGACCACCAGAUCUAGUCCGGUUGUAGAACUUCUCCAGAAACGGUUGAAAGCUUUGAACAAGAAAAUAUCCCGCGUAACGAGUUAUGCAUCAACGGAUUACGAAAAACUGAAUGAUGACCAAAAGCGAACUCUGAAGACACUUCCUUCUUUGGAGGCCGUUCAGAAAGAGCUUGAAGACGUGAAAAAAUUGAUCGAGUCCCACGAAGCAGAUCUUGCACGCGAACUAGCAGCCAGACGUGCAGAUACUGGAGCUACCGAGGCUGCCAGAAUCGCCGACGCUGUUGCUGCUGCCGAGGCAUCGUCAGUCAGUAAAGCCUCUGCUAUACUGUCUCUAAUCCAUUUGCAUACAUGUCUUUCAAAUCGCCAACCUCUUCCGGUCGUUCUUGAUUUCAAUGAUGCUGAAGGGGAAGCAAUAUUUUCUCUUUGCUCAACCCUCAUCAGCGAGGAGUCCGAAUUCAAGCAAGCAGCAGUGUCCGGUCUGCUUUCUGGAGAAGGCGCCUUCGAUGGAGUUUCGUAUGCAAGGCUGCUAGAUAUUGUGCAGUCCUUCCUGAACCCUCCACGUGAACCGACACCUUUACCGGCGGAGCCAGAUGCAGCAACAGAAGUUUCUUCUGAGCCUGCAAGUAACUCGCAAACUGAGUCUCAGCCUCUUGCUGGCAUUCCCGCUGCCAGUGGCAGUUUGAGUGGUGCCGGUAGCUUCCGUUUCAUGCAAGCGAGCGAGCUUGAGACCACUGACUUUGAGAAUACUGCUGAGUGGGUUGAGAAAUCCGAGAUUGAACUGACACACAACGGUGUUCUCGAGCACGCAGAAUCUACACCUUCAGCCGCAGAGGGGGAUGGUGCACCUACACAGCCCAUUGAUUGGGCUGAGGCAGAUGAGGAAGGUGGUCUGCCAUCGAUCGCAAACCUACAAGCAAGUUUCGCUCCUUCAGGGUCAGCAACCCCUGUUGUUGAAACUGCCGACGUAUCCACACCUGCACCUGUGAAUGGCGUGGAAGCUGCCGCUGCCAUACAGUCUGAUGAUGGCUUCACGCAAUCACGAGGUCGCGGACGUGGACGAGGUUACCGUGGUGAGGGUCGUGGCGGACGUGGCGGUGGCUUCCGGGGUGAACGAGGUGGCUAUCGCGGAGAGCGAGGCGGCUUCCGUGGUGGUAACCGAGGCGGCGAGCGCGGUGGCUACCGGAGCGACCGGGGUGGACGGUCUGAUGGCGAAUGGCGGAGCGACGAAAAUCGUGGACGUGGUAGGGGACGUGGGCGUGGACACAGAGGCGGAGACAGAGGGGACAGAGGUGGGGACAGGGGGGACAGAGGAGACAGAGGUGGAGACAGGGGAGGCUAUCACGAGGGGCGCGGAGCUCCUCCUUCUUGAGAGUAGUUUCUGUGAACACAAAGGUGCUGAAGGUCUCGUAGAAGAACGUCUUGACACUCUGACCACAGUUGCAUGCAUUGCUAUGGCAUAUAUUUUUGAUGUAUGUACACCUUGGCUUCACAUGAAAUGACAUUAUCCCCAGUGCUUGCCUAUUUUUGUUUGAGAGCGUCGCGAUAUCGAUCCCGAUUUAAUUCAGAUAUUCGCAUUGUAUCAAUCGACCCGAAAAUACAACGCUU